AUGGACACCAACUGUAGAAUGCAGAAAAGCAAAAUCCAAACGCUGUAUGAAGCCUGCAAUCUUUUAUUUUCCCAGAAAAUGCUCCCAACUUCCCAACAAGUUCAAUGGCUGAAAAUUUUCAUGGGCACGUUUAAAGCAAUAGAUGUUGGAAUUGAUGAAUUUGGUUUAUGUGGAUCGCCAUCUACUAGCCCAAGGAGAGAUAAGGGACUGAUCUGUGGGCAAAGCAUCUCCCAAAUCACUUACAUUCACAUUCAUGAAUGUCACCAUUUCUCUAUCGGCGUGUUUUGUUUCCCGGCUGGGGCGACACUUCCCCUUCAUGAUCACCCUGGAAUGACAGUCUUUAGCAAACUCCUUUAUGGUUCAUGUUAUGUUAAAGCUUACGAUUGGAUCAACGGAGGAACUACUUCAGGCUUCAGAACAUUUGGAUUGGCAGGCAAGGUUUUAGAUGGCAUUAUGAGGGCACCAUGUGAGACUAGUGUACUAUUUCCGACAAGCGGAGGGAACAUUCAUUCUUUUAGUGCAGUAACUCCCUGUGCUAUCUUGGAUGUAUUGUCUCCACCUUACUCUGAGGAGCUUGGCAGGCCUUCUACUUAUUUCUUGGAAUUUCCUAUUUCUUCUCUUCCUGUUUUUGGAGCAGGAUAUGCAAUGCUUGAGGAAGGAGAGCUGCAAGAUGAUCUGGUGGUUGCUGGAGCACCAUAUCUUGGCCCUCCUAUUGAUGAUGCUGGCAUUGGCUGUUGCUGCCUUCUUGACUUUGCCAGUGAAUAG